UCAGCCAUGUGAGGAUUUGGGAGGAACUCUUAAGGGUGGGAACCUGCCCACCCUCUGCACUGAAAACUGGGAGCAGUGUGGGGAAGGCAGCAGCAUGAAUGGGGGCCAUGGCAGAGCACCUGGAGCUGGGAGCCCCAUGCUCACAUCCUGCUCCUCCCAGAAGAUGUGCUCCUGGAUGAUGAGCUGCUGCUUAGCCCUUCAGCACCUGGCUGUGCAGACCUCCUUGCUCUGCAUCUUCCACCUCCUCCUGCUGCCCACCCUGCCUCAGGAGCCACCUCAUGCCCAGACCACCAGCAAGCUCCUGGCACGAAGCCUCUUUGCCUGUGGCAUCUCCACAGUGCUGCAGACCACCCUGGGGAGCCGGCUGCCGCUGGUUCAAAUCCCGUCCUUUGAGUACUUAGUCCCUGCCAUGGUGCUGAGCUCCCACCUGUCCCCUGGUGCCAGCACAGAGAGGAAUGGCACAGCCAUGGCCAAUACAUGCCUUGUACCUCAUUGCAGAGACACAGGGAGCUGGGCUGACUCACUGCAAGAGGUCUCUGGAGCAGUGCUGAUCUCUGGUCUGAUUCAGUUGGUGCUGGGAGUGUCUGGCGUGUGUGGGUGGGCAGUGCGGCACUGCGGGCCCAUGGUCCUGGCCCCCAGCCUCUCCAUCAUCGGGCUGUCCACAUACAAGGAAGCUGCUUUCUUCUGCUCCACUAACUGGGGAGUAGCACUGCUGCUCAUGCUCCUUGCUGUCAUCUUCUCGCAACAUCUGCAGUCCUGCCACCUGCCCUCCUGUGCCUCACCCCAUGCUUGGGAGGGCUCCACAGAGUACUCGGUUCCCACCCUGCGCACAUUCUCGGUACUGCUCCCAUUUGCUGGUGUCUGUAUUGUCUGUGCCAUCCUCAGCUACUUCCACAUUCCCUGGGAAUCACUGGAUGUGACUGUGGCACAGCUGUCCUGGGCCAACAGCACCUCCAAUGCCCCUUGGAUCCACAUCCCCCAUGCAGGAGCGUGGAGGUGGCCGCGGCUCACCCCCCGGGCGCUGGCAGUGGGCAUCGCCAUGGCCAUCGGCUGUAGCAUGAACUCUGUGGGCUGCUAUGUGCUGUGUGGGAGGCUGCUGCGAGUCCCCCGGCUACCCCCUCACGCCUGUAACCGGGGGCUUUGCAUGGAAGGGUUGGGCAGCCUCCUGGCAGGGCUGCUGGGCACCGCAGGGGGCACGGCCUCCAGCAUCGCAAACACCUGUGCCGCUGGCUUCACGCAGGCUGGCUCUCGCCGCUCAGUGCAAGUAAGUGCCCUGCUGUGCAUGGUGCUGGGCAUGUCCCCGAGGCUGGCAGGGCUCCUCACCCAUAUCCCACUGGCAGUUCACGGAGGGGUGCUUUGUGUAACCUACGCCGUGGCUGUGGGCACGGGGAUCUCCUACUUCCAGUACACGGACAUUGACUCAGGGAGGAACAUCUUCAUUGUUGGCUUUGCCAUGUUCAUGGCACUGCUGGUACCGCGGUGGUUCGGCACGGCCUUGGCUCCCCUGGCCACAGGUAUGAGGGACAUUCCCCAGGCAAGGCAAAGCCUUGAGUCCCAUGGAAUGACUGCACAUCUCCAGUGUUCUGGGAGGCUGAGUCAGCUCAUGGUAGCAGGCAGCUACCUCUUCAUCCCUGAUUCUGCCAUGGCUGCUCAUGCCCCUUAUCCCUGGCCGGGCUGGGAUCUCCUGGCUGAUUCUGGCACUGUCCUUGCAGGCUGGGUGCCAUUGGAUCUCCUCUUUCUCUCCCUGCUUAUGGUCCCUGUCUUCCUAACUGGCUUCUUGUCAUUUUUUCUGGAGAACACGGUCUCAGGAACACUGGAGGAACGAGGGCUGCUUUCUGAGCAGCCAUGGAAAGCCAGAGCUGGUGACUGUCACCUCCAUGGAGAGAGAGGGGAAGCCAGCCAAGCAUAUAGGCUCCCCACUGGGCUAAGGAGGCUGCUGCCAUCUUCCUGCAAAGCCUUUCCGUGCUGCUUCCUCUGCCCGAGGAGUGAGGAAGAGGAGGAGGGAAGCUGUGCCACUGAGGAGGGGACUGCUGCCCCAGGGGAAGGGACACACCUGCUCCCCAAAACCAGCUCUGGGGAGCUGCAGCCAGAAAUAAGGUCAAGCCAGACAGACAUGCCUACAUGGAACACUGUGGCCUGACCAUGUCAUCUGGGGCACUUCAUGUGAAAACUGAGGUGUGCCCUCAAGGCAGCUCGUGAAACACUUUGCUCCUCAUUUCUGAAGCCCCUAAGGCCUGGAGGAACCUGAGCUUCCACACUCCUAACACAAACCUAAUUUCCCUGCUUGGGAGCAAGAUAUAAAAACCUUCAGCCAUCUA